GCUAACGCUAGGUGCUAACGCUAGGUGCUAAGUGCUAACGCUAGGUGCUAACGCUAGGUGCUAGUAGAGAGGACGGAGGACGGAGGCCGCAUGGAGCGCAGUCUGCUGAAGAACCAGCUGUACGACGAGAGUCUGGAGGUUCAGGACCCGGAGGAGGUCUACAGCCCGACCCCCGUCAGCCAGAGACCGUGCGAGUCCAGGAGGAGCCGGAGGGGGCGUGGCCUGAUGUCGGCCAACAGUGACGAGUUUGACGAGGACCGCUCGCCUCAGAGGGCCACAGAGCUGACGGGGGGUCAGCCAGGGGCCGGUCCGGAGGAGGAGGAGGAAGAGGAAGAGGAGGAGGAGGAGGACUCUGAUGAAGAGGAGUCUGACGAUGACGAGGAGCCCGGCGAGGCUCCAGAGGGGGCGUACGACCCGGCGGACUACGCCAACCUGCCCGUCAGCACCGAGAUCAAGGAGCUGUUCCAGUACAUCACACGCUACAGCCCUCAGACUCUGGAGCUGGAUCACAGCCUGAAGCCCUUCAUCCCGGACUUCAUCCCGGCUGUGGGCGACAUCGACGCCUUCCUCAAGGUGCCGCGUCCGGACGGUAAAUCGGACGGUCUGGGUCUGCUGGUUCUGGACGAGCCCAGCGUCAAGCAGUCGGACCCCACGGUGCUUUCUCUGUGGCUGUCUGAGGAGAGCAAGCAGCACGGAGCCACCGAGCUGAAGAAGGUGACCAGCGUCCCGUGUCCUCAGACCAACCCCCGGUUGUUGGACAGCUGGGUGAACAGCAUCAGCACCCUGCACCGCUCCAAACCUCCGGCCAGCGUUCAGUACGUGCGUUCGAUGCCGGACAUCGACAGCCUGAUGCAGGAGUGGCCCGCAGAGCUGGAGGAGCUGCUGGGACGCGUCCAGCUGCCGCCGGCUCGCCUCCGCUGCACGACGGCCGAGUACGCCGACGCCGUCUGCUCCCUGCUGGACAUCCCCGUCCACGGCAGCCGCAUCCAGAGUCUGCACCUGCUGUUCAGCCUGUACCUGCAGUUCAGGGACUCCCAGCACUUCACCCGCAGACACAGCCAUAGACACAGCCAUAAAUAA